ACGGCAUCGAACGGCCACAAAAGGCAAAUCAAACAUUCGUACCGAGGACUUAGCGGUGUCGUGCAACUCUAACAGGAGCCCCCUUCCCCUCAGUAAAAAUCCCUUCACUCCAGGCGUGGCGACAUCACGAGCUCCAUCUCCGUUUCUUAAAUUAUCUUCAUCAAAUGUCGCCAACUCUGCCCCCUCCCUCAUCUCUUCUUAAAUCCCACAACAGGGGAGAAGGACAGCUCAGAGACGGCGUAUCGGGAGACGCAGAGAUCCGCCAAACGAUCGUUCAAGAUAUCAGACGUUUCGAGCUAAUCUCUCCUCUUCGGUUCCCAAGCUACCCCUGCUAGAAUGCGGCAGCGGCAGCUGUUUCUUAGUAGAAGAAGUUUCAGGCGCCUUCUCUCUGUCUCCAUUGGGAGGAGAAGAGGAGUAGGAGGAAGUCCGGAGGUGAGUACCUCCGCUGGUCAAGAUGACAGCAAAUCCAUGGAGCCAUGGGCGGACAAGAAGCCGACUCAGAAGCCCAGCUGGAGAUGCUUUUCCUAUGAAGAAAUCCACAAAGCAACAGAUGGUUUUCACCAAGAUAAUUUGGUCGGCAGAGGAGGGUACGCCGAGGUGUACAGAGGAGUCCUGGAGGAUGGGCAGGUGAUCGCGGUGAAGAGGCUGACGAGAGCUUCGACCGAUGAGCAGAAGGAGAAGGAUUUCCUACAGGAGCUUGGAACCAUUGGCCAUGUCCGACAUCCCAACGUCUCCGCUCUCUUGGGUUGCUGCAUCGAUCGCGAUCUUCACCUUAUCUUCGACUUCUCUUCGCGCGGUUCUGUCUCCUCCAAUCUCCAUGAUGAGAGAUCGCCGCCGAUGGCCUGGAAGCUGAGGUACGGCAUUGCAGCCGGCACCGCCCGUGGGCUUCAUUACUUGCACAAGGGAUGCCGGAGAAGGAUUAUUCACAGAGAUAUCAAGGCCUCCAAUAUACUCCUGACAACAAAUUUUGAACCUCAGAUUUCAGAUUUCGGGCUCGCAAAAUGGCUUCCGUCGGAGUGGACUCACCGCGCCGUCGCACCGAUCGAAGGGACAUUCGGGUGUCUGGCACCGGAGUAUUUCAUGCAUGGGAUCGUUGAUGAGAAAACUGAUGUCUUUGCUUUUGGUGUCUUCCUCUUGGAGAUCAUAUCAGGGAGGAAACCGGUGGAUGGGUCUCACAAAAGCUUGCUUAGCUGGGCAAAACCUUAUUUAAGCGAUGGCGCGAUACAGAAACUGGUGGAUACACGGCUUGAGCAGGACUACGACAUGGGACAGUUGAAGAGGCUUACCUUCAUAGCCUCUCUCUGCAUCAGGGCAACUGCAGCAUGGCGUCCAUCCAUGACCGAGGUAUUGGAGCUAUUGGAGGAUGGGGAGGAGAUGCUGCAAGAUCGAUGGAAGAUGCCUGAAGAGGAAGAGGAGGAAAACGAGUUCUGGGGCUUCGAUGAUCUCGACGAUGAAUGCGAUACCCCCUCAUCAUCUUCAUCAACAAGAAGCUCCCAACAGUAAUCAAUCUUGGGAUAAUCUAUCUUAAUAUUCCAACUCCAUUUGAGUGGGGAGAGAAUGUAUAUUACUAGUCAGUUCUAGCAAAAUGAGACUACACUGCCUAUAUGUAUGCCUGAUUUAAAGUCAAGGGGCCCUUCUAUCUCAUAGUACUCUUUCUUUGGGUAUGUGGUUGUGGUGGUGGGCUGUUUAACAGGAGGGUACUCUCAAGCUACUCUCAAGCACAAGCGUAUCAGGUGUUAAAAUCACCACUUGUUCCAAAAACUUAAGCUAAUAGAAUGAGGCAAAUUUAUUUAUAUA